UUCAUGGAGACUGUCUGUGUCAUAUAACCGAAUCAGGUAUACACUCUAAAAUGUUCUUUAAAGAAAAUAAGCAAACUAAAAUAUUAACUUCCUGAAUCCAUCUAAAUCAUUAUAUAUACAUAUAUAAAAGUUGUGAAAUACAUAACCACGUAUAUCUGUUGUUGUAAAUGUGAUAAAUAAAAUGAUUUUUUUUUAUGUUCUAUACGUUAUCAAACCCUUUUAUACCAUAUAAUGCCCAUUACGGCCUUACAUCAAAACAAAAUAGGUAAUAAAUUUGUGGUAAGAUAAAUUUGGACAAUAAUUAAAGAACAGAAAAUCAUCUAAAAUUAUUCCAUCCACUUGGAUGAUAAUCCCUACAACUCGCUGCCCGUACUGACCCUCAAACCUGCCCGUAGUGACCAACUUCUAUUUUAACAUCCAUGCACACGUAAAAUAUUACCCUCAAAACUAAUCAUGGACAACAAAACUGCAACCUUCACCUUCUUUACCUUGUUGUUCUUGUAUACCGUCUCUGCCGCUCGCCCCACGGUGCUAGAUCCAUCGGUUACCAAUCCAACCGCGGUCACAAGUGAUGAUCAUGCAUCCAAGCUAGCCAAAACAUCGCGUGAAUCCGUCGUUACUACUGGCCGUUCUAAGAUUCUACUCCCCGGCGAGAAGGUUGUACCAGAAAACCUGAACAAUGAUCUAUCACCGCAUACAAAUUUCUCGAAAUUCCAUCCUAUUAACCGUCACUUCCAAGUCAGGCCUCAUAGGGGACCAAAACAUACUGGGACACACCGUCGGCCUUGCUUGAAGCACACGCAAUACAAGAUCCCAUUCCCUCAGUCGGAAAUCUCCAGCAAAAAGGAUGAGGUCAAGGCGGAAGGAACCGACAACCCCAUAUUGAAUAAUGAAAACCCCGUAAGAACAAAAGCUUUUCGCGGCGAAGUUCCAGCGAACUGGUUGAAGGUGAAGCACCAUUAUGGUUCCCGUCGCCAAUAUAACAACCAGAACCACGAUAGCAAGCCGAAUAAGAAGGACGAGAAUGUAAUGAAGACGAAGAAUGUGUUCAAUCCGGAGAAGAUGAAGAGUUUGAGGCACCAACAGAAACUGAAGAAGAGUGAGGAUCACAAAACAGGAUUGAUGAAGAACAUUCGCAAGUUUCUGAAACACACUUUUGAUUGAACAUCGAAUCUUCUUCAAUUCCACCUUACUUCCAUGUGUCAAGUAAUAAUAUGUAUAUAUGAUUAGUAUAUUUAUGAUUAUAUUAAAUUGUUUACUGGUAUAUUUGUAUCUGUAAUUUGUACAUAAUUCAUUGCAUCCAUUGGAGAUGUAGAAAGCAUAUUUAGCUGAAUAAUCAAUUAUUUUAAUUC